AGAAACAUUAAUAUCUCACAAAAAUAUGAGGGUAAAUAUUUGCAUAUCAUUUAUCAUGGUUGGAAUAUAUUUAUCCUGCCUCUUAGACAAUUUUUAUUGGCACAAGGGUAAAUGAAGAGUGAAAGAGUGAGGCAUACUCUGCAUUUCUGGUAAGAAUGAUGAAACUUGUUCAACAAUCAUGGUGGAAAUUCAGAACUUGUUUUGUUAGGGUUUCUUCUUCAUAUUCUACAAUAGCUGAAACUAUAGCCUCCUUAGAUUUGACUAAUAAAGAUGAACAAAUUUGUAAACCGUUAACCUCGUCUGCAAAGGAUGCUCUGUACAAUAGGCUACUCUAUUUGAAUCGCUCUAAGGAAUCCGUCAUAUCAGUACUGGAGAAAUGGGAUACUGAACAAAAUCCCAUUAAGUAUGAAGAACUACUGAGUAUCGUCAAACAAUUUAGAUCUUACCGUCGAUACAAUCAGGCCCUUCAGAUUUUUGAGUGGAUGAAGAAGUCCAAGAAUUUUGAUAUAUCGCCUAGAGAUUUUGCAGUCGAACUGGAUUUAGUAUCAAAAGCCCAUGGUCUGGAAGCUGCAGAGACAUAUUUCACUAGCAUUCCAGAUGAUUCAAGAACCUACCAGGUAUAUGGUGCUCUCUUGAAUUGCUAUGCUGAUGCAAAUGUCUUUAAAAAAGCAGAAGAUACCAUGCAAAAGCUGAAGGAGUUGGGCUAUGCUGGCACACUGGCGUACAAUGUUAUGACGACCCUUUAUGCUAAAUUGGGAUAUCUUGAGAAGCUACAAUCACUUGUGCUAGAGAUGGAAGACAAUGGAAUUUUUGGUGAUUUGAUUUCCUACAAUAUCCUCUUAAAUGUAUAUGCAUCUAUUCCCAAUGUUUCGGAGAUGGAGAAGGUUCUGAUGAAAUUGGAAGCUGAUCCUCUGCUGAUUGAUUGGAGUUCUUACGCAAUUGUUGCAAAGGGGUACCUGAAAGCUGGUAAUAGAGAAAAGGCUAACGAGUCAUUGAAGAAAUGCGAGCAUAGACUCAUGGGGAAAAGGGAAAAGCUUGGUAUUGACAUGCUCAUUACUCUCUAUACCAGUAUGGGAAACAAAGAUGAUGUCUAUCGUAUAUGGAAUAAAUACAAGCAAAAAGUUAAGCGUCACAAUUCAAGUUAUCAUUGUAUGAUACGUGGACUGGAAAAGUUGGAUGCUCUUGAUGGAGCAGAGGAGAUAUUUGCUGAGUGGGAAACAAACAGGGUACAGUUUGACAUUCGAAUUCCAAACUUGCUCAUAAGUGCUUACUGCAAGAAGGGUCAUAUGGAAAAGGCUAUAUCAAUCAUAGAGCAACUCGAGGAGAGUGGGAAGUAUCCCAAUGGGAGCACAUGGAAUCGUCUAGCACUCGGUUAUUGUGUACAAAAUGACAUGGACAAGGCAGUGGAUACGAUGAAGAAAGCAAUCUUGGCUAGUCAGCCAGGGUGGAAGCCUCAUUUUCAGAGUCUGGCUUUCUGUGUAAAGUAUUUGCAAUCAAUAGGAGAUACUCAAGGAGAAGAAGAGCUUAAAGAUUUACUUAGAGUACGAGGUCUCUGCUCGAAAGAAUUCGAGAGGAGUUUAGAUAAGUAUAUUGAAAUCGGAUAUCGCAAGUCUGAGGCUCUUAAUGAAACAGACAAUGAGGAGAUUUUUGCAGACUUUGACAGGAGUGAGGCAUACUCUGCAUUUCUGGUAAGAAUGGUGAAACUUGUUCAACAAUCAUGGUGGAAAUUCAGUACUUGUUUUUUUAGGGUUUCUUCUUCUUCAUAUUCUACAAAUACUGAAACCCUAGCCUCCUUAUUUUUGCCUGAUAAAGAUGAACAAGCGUCUCCAAAGAAUGCUCUGAACAGUAAGCUACUGUAUUUGACACGCUCUAAGGACUCCGUCAUAUCUGUACUCGACAAAUGGGUUACUGAACAAAACCCCAUUAGGUAUGAAGACCUACAGAUUAUCGUCAGACAGUUUCGAGCUUACCGUCGCUACAAUCAUGCCCUUCAGGUUUUUGAGUGGAUUAAGAAGUCCAAAGAUUUUGAUAUAUCGCCUAGAGAUUUUGCAGUCGAACUGGAUUUAGUAUCAAAAGCCCAUGGUCUGGAAGCCGCAGAGACAUAUUUCACUAGCAUUCCAGAUGAUUUAAGAACCUACCAGGUAUAUGGCGCUCUCUUGAACUGCUAUGCUAAUGCAAUGGUCUUAAAAAAAGCAGAAGAUACCAUGCAAAAGUUGAAGGAGUUGGCCUAUGCUGGCACAGUAGCAUACAAUGUUAUGAUGACCCUUUAUGCUAAAUUGGGAUAUCUUGAGAAGCUACAGUCACUUAUGCUAGAGAUGGAAGACAAGGGAGUUUCUGGUGAUAUGAUUUCCUACAGUAUCCUCUUAAAUGCUUAUGCAUCUGUUCCCGAUGUUAGGGAGAUGGAGAAGGUUCUGAUGAAGAUGGAAGCUGAUCCGCUGCUGAUCAAUUGGAGUCCUUACACAGUUGUUGCCAAGGGAUACUUGAAAGCUGGUGAUAUAGAAAAGGCUAAUGAGUCAUUGAAGAAAUGUGAGUAUAGACUCAAGGGGAAAAGAGAAAAGCUUGGUAUUGACAUGCUAAUUACUCUCUAUACUAGUAUGGGAAACAAAGAUGAUGUCUAUCGUAUAUGGAAUAAAUACAAUAAAAAAGUUAAGCAUCACAAUUCAAGUUAUCAUUGUAUGAUACGUGGACUAGAAAAGUUGGAUGAUCUUGACGGUGCGGAGAAGAUAUUUGCUGAGUGGGAAACAAACAGGGUACACUUUGACAUUCGAAUUCCAAACUUGCUCAUAAGUGCUUACUGCAAGAAGGGUCAUAUGGAAAAAGCAAUAUCACUCAUAGAGCAACUCGAGGCAAGUGGGAAGCAUCCCAAUGGGAGCUCAUGGAAUCGUCUGGCACUCGGUUAUUGUGUACAAAAUGACAUGGACAAGGCAGUGGAGACGAUGAAGAAAGCAAUCUUGGCUAGUAAGCCAGGGUGGAAGCCACACUUCCACAGUUUGGCUUCCUGUGUGAAGUACUUGCAAUCAAAAGGAGAUACUCAAGGAGAAGAAGAGCUUAAAGAUUUACUUAGGGUGCGAGGUCUCUGCUCGAAAGAAUUUGAGGGGGGUUUAGAUAAGUAUAUUGAAAUUGGAAAUCGCAAGUCCGAGGCACUUAAUGAAACAGACCUUGAGGAGACUUGUUGACACUGGAUGCCGGAUUAUACGAUUGUCUAAAUUUUUUGUCAUGAUCACUAAUCAAAACUUUCUACUGCCUUUUUAUUAAUUGGGGUUUUGAAUUGCUGCAUCUAAAAGAAUGAUCUCUGCCUCUGUUCUAUAGUUGCAGACUUGGCCGGUAGAAGGUAGCGUUCAGUGAUCACUUCUCGGUCCUAUCUUUCAAAAAAUAGGCAGCGUCAUGAUUCAUGGAGUUCAAAUUUUCACAGGUAAAACUUCAUUCAUUUAUAGAAUUUGAAACUCCGCGAUAGUGGUUCUUUUUACAAGUUCCCUUCGUUACUUUUACAAGCUGUAACUUUUCGAUAGUGGUUCUUUUUACAAGUUCCCUUCGUUACUUUUACAAGCUGUAACUUUUUUUUUUUUUGGGUGACAAGUGACACCAGAAAAGGGAGAAAAAGGGGAAUGAUAAUUUCUUUCUUUCAUUUCUAUGCAAUUUAAAAUAAAUUAAUUUUCUGCAGAGAUAUAAUACUAUAUAUUAUCUCUUUGUUGUCUU